ACUCAUUCUUCAGCCAAUAGAAGAAAUAUAAUAUGAUAGUAUUAAAUUGCUUGAAAUGCUCAAGUUUCAUGUUCUUUGUUUCUUAAUCCAAAAGCUAGACUUCAGCUCCUAGCUGUUUAUCUGAAUAUAUAAAUGGGAGUAUUGGGAAUUGGGAUAGCAAAAAUGAUCAGUUCAUCAAACAGGAAUUUGGUAACUUUUUCUUGUAUAAUCGCUUACUUUGUUGCCAAAAACUAUUCUGUUUCUGGGGCUAAAGAUACGCUAGGAGUUAGUGAAUCAUUGAAAUUGCACAAUGGAGAGAUCUUGGAGUCCUCUAAUAAACGUUAUCGGUUCUUGAGCGACCAUUCUUCUUCAUUCUUGGUAAUUCAGUUCGUGUAUUUGAAUCAUUCAAUCAAUGUCUGGGCUGCCAAUAGUUAUCUGGCUGCACCAGCCAGGCCUCGAAUUUCAGCCAUAACCAUGAAUGAAAGCGGAAGGCUAGAGGUUUAUGGCCGCGGAAAUUCAGAUGCUGCAGUAUUCACUGUGAAUGCUGAACAGAAAGUUAUGAUUGGCAAGACUAGAGCAACUCUGCUUGAUAACGGGAACUUAGUUCUGAGAUCAAGAUCUGGGCAUACUGUUUGGCAAAGCUUUGAUUAUCCUGCUGAUGAUACAUGGCUAUCAUCUGGAAUGAAACUUGGGAUUUCUCUGUUGAGCCAGAGAAGUACAACCUGCUGCCUGCAGCGUGCUGCUUCUGGCCCUUCACUUGCUCCUUCCCCUGGUUCUCCUUCAUUUCCUGUUGGCCCUUCACUUGCUCCCGCCUCUGGCUCUCCUUCAUUUCCUGUUGGCCCUUCACCUGCUCCCGCCCCUGGCUCUCCUUCAUUUCCUGUUUCUCCUUCAUUACCUGCCGGCCCUCCCAGUGGAAAAAAGAAAUCGAAGAAUUUAAGGGUGAAGUUAUAUGUUGUUGGUGCUGCCGUAGUGACUUUUCUAGGAGCUCUUGCAUUACUUUUCUGGUGUUGCAAAUUGAGAAAUAGAAAAGGUAACCUUAGAAAAUUCAUGGGUCCAGAAAGGCCAGAUCUUGAUGACAAAGGGGACGAUGAAUCACUGUUCUUCAGUUUUACAAGCAUAGAAAUUGCCACAGAUCAUUUUUCUGAGGAAAACAAACUUGGUCAAGGAGGAUUUGGUCCAGUCUACAAGGGUAAACUGGUUAACGGGCUAGAGAUUGCAGUUAAAAGAUUGAAUAGAAUGUCAGGACAUGGAAUUGAACAAUUCAAGAAUGAAGUCAAAGUGAUCUCAAAGCUGCAACAUCGAAACCUUGUUAGACUUUUGGGCUCUUGCAUUGAGAAAGAAGAGCGUUUAUUGGUAUACGAGUACUUGCCGAAUAACAGUCUGGAUUCAGUACUUUUUGAUGCAGCAAAGCGGAAUAUAUUGGAUUGGAAAAGAAGGUUGAAAAUCAUUGAAGGAGCAGCUCAGGGGCUUUUGUACCUCCACAAGUAUUCUAGAUUAAAAAUCAUUCAUAGAGAUCUGAAAACGAGCAACGUUUUACUGGACGCGGACCUGAAUCCCAAAAUUUCAGAUUUUGGGACUGCCAGAAUAUUUGGAGAGAAUGAGAUGCGCGGAAGUACAAUGAACAUUGUUGGGACAUAUGGUUAUAUGUCUCCUGAAUACGCCAUGGACGGGGUUUACUCCGAGAAGUCUGAUGUAUUUAGCUUCGGAAUCAUGAUUCUUGAGAUCAUAAGUGGAAAGAAGAAUACUUCUUUCUACGAUUCGGAUCGUCACCUGAACUUAAUAGGACAUGUCUGGGAUCUAUGGACAGAAGGAAGAAUUUCAGAAAUCACAGAUUCUUGUUUGGAUGAAACGAUCUCAACAAGGGAAGCACAAAAAUAUGUUCACGUUGGUUUAUUGUGUGUGCAAGAAAAAGCAGCAGAUAGACCAACAAUGUCAGAUGUGGUAUCUAUGCUCCUCAAGGAAUCAAUGGUUCUCGCCACUCCUAAGCGACCAGCUUUUGCUGAAAUUAUGACUCUUAACAAUACCAAGUUACCUCAAAAUCCAGAAUUUUGUUCUUUGAACGAGGUCACAAUUUCAGAUGUGCAGGGUAGAUGAUUAUUUCUUGGCCAGGCUUCUAUUUUCUUGCAGGGUAGAGAAAGGUGGGAAGCCGGCUGUAUCCUCAAGUUAGGGGUGGCCACUGGAGAUAAUCAGGUCUCAAUUCUUUUGUGGAUUCGUUUGGCAUUUGAGUUUGAUGACUAAUUAUUCAAGUAAUCGAACAUUAUUUUAUUGAUCAGGAGAUGCCAAAGGAGCAUACUUAGGUGAAGGGGUUGAAUUUAGUUCUGCAAGUUAGGUUGUUAGCCACUUGUUCGAAUUGUUCUAUAUUGUUGGUCUUUUGACUAGUUUAACUAUCUUUGAUUUUCUAGUAUCUUGUUAAGAUUAUUUAGGAAAUAUUUGUGUUUUGUUUGUUAUUGUAUCUUUAUAGAAGGGGAGAUGAUGAAUGAAA